AACUUUAGAAAAGAAGAGGAUAUCAACAUUGUGCAGAUUCCUCAGGAUGUGCUGAGCAGUUAUUAAGAGGAUGAAGAAAUCACCACCUUACAGGACAAAGAAACAAGAUGAAAAGAACAAACUAGUGGUUACCAGCUAGAAGAAAUCGAUGUGACAGGUUUGAUUGAGAACACUUGGAGGCUGCUAUUCAUUGAGACAUUGUAAACAUUCAGCACCCAGUGUAAAGAGAAAUCUCCCUGACUGAAGAAAUCCACACGGGAUUCUGAAACCACAGGAUAAAGAUGAAAUAAAUGUCUGCUGUCAAUGAUGUAUAGAUUUGUGUUACAGAAAUCUCUCACAGUGACAGGUGUUAGUGAUUGUCGUCACAUUUCCCGUGUAUCAUCAGACCGGGUCUGGAUCAGUGAUAGAAACAAUCUCAUCUUGACAAACACAGCAGGUGAUAAACUACAUCAUCUGACAGGUAUACGUUGUUAUUAUGGAGUACACACAGUGACUCGGGACGGUGAUUUAAUUUAUAUAGACAGUCACAGUAACAUCAACAAACUGUCUACAGAUCACAGAGUAAAGUCUACAUUAAUAAAGUACACAGCACCAUGGGAACCACGGUGUGUCUACAGCUCCCCCUCCACUGGAGACCUGCUGGUCGGGAUGUAUAGAUAUGAUACAGAUACAGCCAAGGUAAACCGUUACAACAGCACAGGACAACACAUACAGACCAUACAGCACAACAACAAAGGUCAGGGACUAUAUAGUGAACCUCUCUACAUCACAGAGAACCGCAAUGGAGAUGUUAUUGUGUCUGACUUUGGCCAUCGUGCUGUAGUGGUGACAGAUGGUGUAGGUAGACACCGCUUCUCCUACACAGGACCUCCAUCAGGAUCAGGACUAGAACCACGUGGAAUCUGUACUGACAUGCUGUCACAUAUCCUGGUGUUUGAUCUUAACACCCACUCAGUACAGAUACUGGACUGUGAUGGGAGAUUCCUGUCACAGAUAGAGAAAACACAACACGGGUUAUACAAACCAUGGAGCCUGAGUUAUGAUGACAACACUAACUGUGUCUGGGUGGGAUCAUUGAACAACAACACAGUGAACAUUUACAGACUUAUACAUGAAGACUCCCUGACCGAGUUUCUGAGGAAGGAGAAGACAACUGUUUUUCAUGCCAGAGGAAUACUUGUUGGGUGUACCGAGGCUGGAAAAACAACACUACUGAAGCAAUUAAGAGGGAAACGUCAAAAUGUAGACGUAGCAGUGUCAACCUGGGGACUAACAGCACUGCUGAAGCGACUAAGAGGGCAACGUCAAAAUGUCAGUGAAGUUACAGAGUCCACCAGGGGACUCCAAGUCCAUCAGCAUCUCUUCAUUGUUAAAGAUGGAAUUUUAGAAGUGGCUGAUGAUGACUCACCCUUAAAGACAUUUAUAAGGAUAAAUGCUGCAGAUUUGAAACCAGACCCGAGCAGUGAAGUUUCUGUCUCUGCUGCAAAUGAAAAACAUGACAAUUUGGAACGAGGAAAUACUGAUAAAAACAAUGAAGUAAUUUAUAGCAGAGAAGAAAAGAAAGAAAGAAAUAUUGAGUUGUCCAGUUCUCAAACUGAAGGCAAAGAAGAAAAGAAAGAAGAUAAUAUGGAAAUGUCUAGUUCACCAACUGAGGGCACAGAAGAAGAGACUACAGUAGAGACAAUGGCCAAUAUUCUCUCCUCAGAAGCACAAGCAAUGGUGAAGGAUGAAAUUUUUCAGAAAAUCUUGUCUGAAAAAGGAAAGUUACCAACAGUAAGCAUGCUGGAUUUUGCUGGACAGUUAGCGUAUUAUGCCUGCCACCAAAUUUACGUAACACCAAAGGCUUUCUUCAUCCUUGUGUUGGACAUGACUAAGAGGUUUGAAGAUGUUGUCAGUAAAGCGAAAGAUAAUCAAGAAGGAUCAAUCUUCUCUGUGUGGACUUACAAAGACUACCUGAAGUUUUGGAUUACCUCAAUCAAGACAUUUGGAGGCAAAAAGGCACCACUGUUUCUUGUUGUCACACACACAGAAAGAAAAUCUACAGCUGAAAUUAAGAAGUAUUUUGGGGAGUUUUGGGAAGCAGUUCCAGAUGAGGACAGAGAUUGGUUAAGAGAUUCUCUCAAUGAUCGUGAAUAUGCAGUGGGUCUAGAUGAACUAAAUGACAACUCGAAAAAAAUGCUUGAGUCAAUGAAAAUGUCCAUAGUUGAACUGUUUAAAGAUGAGAUAAAUACUAAAAUUGAAAUGCCUUCUUCAUGGGCUUUAAUGGAACAGUUAUUGUAUGAAGGAGCAUGGAAGGUUUUGUCCCUUAGUGAAAUCUGGAAGCUCAACUUAUCCCUUCCCCAUGAAUACCAAAUUAAAAGUGAUGAGGAAAUGUCUAUGUUUUUAAAGUGUUUCCAUGACAAUGGCCUUCUUUUGUAUUUUGAAGAAGAGAAAUUGAGGGAAAAUGCAGUGCUUGACAUUCAGUGGUUUGCUAAAGCUUUCAGCAAGAUUAUUGCUGAUGAAAACCAUAUCAAUAAAGACUGCAAAACAAAUUUAAUCAAGGAAUGGAAAUCCUUCAAUAAAAUGGGAGAACUUAAAGAUAAAGUAAUAGAUGCACUUUGGAAAGAUGAACCUUCAUACUUGAAACACAAAAGUGAAAUUAUGUCUUACAUGGAGAAGCUUCAAAUGCUUGUAGCUUUGGACUCUUUUGAGGCUGUAUCAGAAGAUGGCAUGUCAUGGUAUGUCCCAUGUAUGAACAAAAAGCAGUUUAAAGCUGACUUCUUUGAAGAUAAAUGGGAAUGCUCCUCCAUUUUGUGCUUUCGAUUCACUUCCUUUGCCAUGUUUGUGUUCUACAGACUGGUAGCAUACUGCAUGAGUUUUCUAAGAUGGAGUGCUUCAAUAGACGAAGACAAUGAAGGAAGUCCAUGUCUUUAUCAAACAGCAGCAGUGUUUGAUCACAAUGAACACACUGUUGUUGUUGGCAUAUCUAAUGACGAUAUCCAGUUGCAAGUAUUGAGAAUCACACCAUUGACUAUAGACAAGGACGUAUCAAAUGAAAUUGGAGAAUCCGUUGAAAAAGCCAUAGAAAAACUGACAGAAACAUUUAUCGGUACAAAAAUAUUCCACAGAGGAUACAAAUGUCAAAACGUUAUUUGUAAUGAAAAAGAUCUUUCUUUCACCCUUGCAAGUGAGCUCUCCAAUAUUAAAACUGAUAAAGACAUUCAGUGCAAGUGUCGACUGAAGGAGAAACACGUGAUAAAUGUACAAAGGACUCUGAGUUUCUGGGAAAAGAGAAAGUUGAGUGAUUCCAGUACUCCAAUGGCCUCUGGACAAGACCUGGGGGGUCGGUCUAGAUUUGCAAAACUUGGAAUGGCAAUGAAUGAUGUGUUAAAUCAGGCAUACAGAGAUAUACUAGAGAUGGAGGUCCUCCCUUCUGAUAUUGAGAGCAAAGCUAAAUCAUCUCCAGUUUAUAAAAGAUUGCGCCCAGAGCAAGAGCAUCUCUUGCUAGAUGCUAAACAUUUAGGAUAUAAGAACUUUGACAUUUCAUUAACAUACACAUUGAUCAGAAAUAUUAGUUCAAAGAUUCCUAAACCAACAAAAGGAAAGUGGGGAGAAGAGCCAGCAGCAGGAGAGGUGACAGUGGGUGAUGAUAUCGAGAGAAUUAGGUUAAUACGAAACAGUUUGACUGCUCAUGUGAGCUCAGCCUCCAUCCCUCAGACAGAGUUCGAUGACACCUGGUUGACGAUGUCAAAUAUCUGCCAAAGACUAGAAACCUUCACUGGAAAGAAAUACUUUGAUACCCUUAAGGAUAUUAAAACACUAACCUUGAGAAAGGAAGAUGAGGAUGCUAUUAUAAAGAAUAAAAUGCAAGAAUUUUUUAAGACAAUGAAAUCAAAUAUGCUUGAAAUUGAAGCAAUGCUCAAUCUUAACUAAAAUCUACAAACUAAGAGUUAUGGAUGUGGAUCUGGUUAGAUUGCUCAAGAAUUGUAAUUGUGGCCUGAAAUAGAAUUCACAAUCAAAUUUGAAUGAAUGCAUUCAAGGAAUUUGAUAUUUGGAACUGAGAUUUCUCAAAAACUUAAUUCAAGGUGUAGAACACGGGGUAGUUUCAAUUGAUAAGAAAUUCACAAUUGUUGGUUUACUGAUUUCAAUGAAUUCAAACUUUAAAGUGUUGUUGGUUACAAAAUACAAAUGUCACCUUACCUUUAAUGAGGAUCAUUUUUAAAAUAAUGAGUAUAAGAAGGUCAAAUUUCGAAAUAAUUUUGCUUAGAAGUUUU